ACACAACAUGCCGGUCGAUAAGAUAAUCCCCGAAACGGGUCAAAAAUGGCCAGAAAAUGUUGGUAUUAUUGCGAUGGAGGUUUACUUUCCUUUUACAUGUGUCAACCAGGAAAAAUUGGAAGAGUUUGAUGGCGUUAGUAAAGGGAAAUAUACGAUCGGUUUGGGGCAACGAAACAUGGGUUUCUGCGGAGACCGCGAAGACAUCAACUCGAUGUCGCUUACGGUUGUUCACAAACUGAUGGAGAGAAACUCAAUCGAUCCAAAUGAUAUCGGCCGGCUUGAAGUUGGAACAGAGACGUUGAUUGACAAAUCGAAAUCUGUGAAAAGCUUUCUGAUGCAGCUGUUUGAGGAGAGUGGUAACACAAACAUUGAAGGGAUCGAUACGACAAACGCUUGUUAUGGUGGUACACAAGCGCUCUUUAAUUCAAUUGCGUGGAUAGAAAGCAGUGCGUGGGAUGGUCGACUAGCUAUUGUUGUUGCCGCUGACAUUGCUGUAUAUGCAGCUGGCAAUGCACGUAGCACUGGUGGAGCAGGAGCAGUUGCUAUGCUGGUUGGACCAAAUGCUCCUGUGGUUAUGGAACGAGGAUUGAGGUCAGUGCACAUGCAGCAUGCAUAUGAUUUCUACAAGCCAAACAUGUCCUCUGAGUAUCCUGUUGUUGAUGGCAAACUCUCAGUUCAAUGCUACUUUAAUGCACUGGACCAGUGUUAUAAGAGAUACAAAGAGAAAGGACAGCAGCUCUGUCAAAAGGCAUCAUUUACACUGGAUGAUAUCGAUUAUGCUGUAUUUCACACUCCUUUCUGUCGGAUUGUUCAGAAAUCACUGGCCCGGUUGAUGCUUCAGGAUUUUCUUUCUGACAUUGGGUGUGAAAGUUCUGAGAGAGAAAAAUAUUCUGAUUUAGCAAAAUUUAGAGAUGUCAAAUUGGAAGAAACGUUUCAAGACGAGGGUAAAGCCAAGGAAAUCGAGAAAGCGUCAAUGAAAUGUAGUAAAGAUGUUUACGACAAAAAGACAGCGCCAUCUUUGUGUAUUUCUCGUAACGUUGGAAAUAUGUACACACCUUCACUUUAUGGUUGUUUAGCUUCCCUCCUGUUCAGCGAAUCGCUCGAUGAAUUGGCCGGCAAACGAGUGAUGUUGUUUUCCUAUGGCUCUGGACUCGCUUCAGCCAUGUUUUCGUUUCGAAUCUCAGACGAUUUUGGACCCAGUUCCCCACUGAACACACUGGUGACGUCACUGAAGGAUAUCCCAGCACGCUUGGCGUCCCGGAAAGAAGUGGAACCCGCCGAGUUUCUGGAAACUCUCAAAAUACGCGAACAUACUCAUAACAAUAGCAGUUACACGCCGAUCGGCUCUGAGGAAGAUUUAUUUCCAGGGACUUAUUAUUUGACGUAUGUGGAUGACAAGUUUCGACGAACCUACCAGCGAAAAAAAAAUUCCUCAAAUGAGGGAAGCUGUAUGGUUGUUUAAAGGGGAUUUGUGCUUUGGAGUCCAGAUGAUUUUAAUCACUUUUAGUAUCUAUAAAAUUGUGACACUUACGGUGUUUUGAGAUUCCAAAGAGUAACCCUCUUUUUUUUCGAAAGUUGUCUUCAAAUUAGGGAAAACUUCGAGCGGCACUUUGAAUCGUGCUCAGCAGCCCGGCCACUUUCUUGUGACGUAAUCUAGUCUGCUGUAGACUCCCGAAUUUGAUUUAUUAUUAUUAUUAUUAUAAUUAUUAUUAUUACUUUGCAAUAAUUAGAAGAGUAACUAUUUGUGAACCUAGCGCUGCGAUUUACUAAUUUUUUUUCCAAUUUGCACGCCAUAAUCGAAUUAUAAGCACAUCCAAAACAAUUUUGGAUCUUUACAGUCUCUGUUUGAAAUCUCGGAACGCCGCAAGGAUUUGAUUCUAUAUACAUAUUUUAAAGUGGCGGAGUUAAAAAUGAUGGUUUGUGGAACACAAUUCCAUUAACCAGAGCAGAUUUUAGGUAUACGUGCUUCAUGCAAGUAAUUUUGAAAAGUUUGUUACAUAAUAUGAAACCAGAGGAUGUCUCGAAACUUAUUUUUUUAGGUCCUCGUUGUUAACGCUCGUGCAAGUGAAUGGGGAAUGUUUCUCUCCUAAAUUUUAUUUAUAACGCUGAUCUCGAUGAUGUGUUUUUUAUGUGAAAUUGUUCGUCGAAAUACAGCGUUACGAUUUACCUUCUCCGUGUGGAGGUCACUGCAAGCAGUAAUUGCUUUGAAAUUAACAGUUUAAGUGUUAUUUGGCGUUAAUUAGCCUUUUUUUUCUUUCAAUUGAUGUAAUGAAAAGAGUGAAUUGCCGCUAAAACGGUUACCAACGUCAUAAUCAUAGGGGAAAUACUUCAUUAGACUUCUAACCGCGAAGUCACUAAUUAAAUUAGGGACAAUUUAUUCAAAAAUGACAAACUCGAAGAGAUAUUUUGCUGAGUUGUUGCAAUUUGUGAAGGGUGUAAUUGUGGAUGGCUCGAAUCUUCUUACCCACUUGAAAUUUAAUGGUAACAGUUAAAGUAAACGUAGUAAAAAAGUGUAGUAUAACUUUGAAUAACCCCCCUUCCCGCUCAACAAUGAAAAUAUGAAGUGAAUGUCUUUUUUUUCUUUUAAAUUAAAAAUGUUGAUAUUUUGAGUUAAAUUUACCGGCCAUUAAUUAGUUAGCUGCGAUCUGAUUAAUUAGAGAGGAAUCUUACAAUUAGUGCAAAGCCUAUCUAAGUGACAUUCCUUUUAGCUAAUUGUACAGAAUUAAAAUUGAGUUGCAAAUCA